CAGUUGACGUUCAGACGCCCGUGCAAGCAGAACAGAGCGCCAUUUAAUGCGCAUUGCGAGCGAAAAGAAAGCAAGCAAAUAAAAAGAAAACAAAACUCAUUGGAGAAAGCCGACAACAAGCAUAAACAACGCAUUCUUACACAAGUAUUUAGUUUGAGCAACAAACAAGACGGCUAAACAACGCGACAAACUGAUUAACAUUCGACGAGUCCGUGUGACGCUCUCGCUGCUGCUGCUGCUGCUGCUACUCCAGGCGCCAACGCAACUUGCCCAGCACCUCAACCCGACCACGACCCCCUCCAGCUCCAACGCCAUGGGAAAUGAUGGUGCAAACAAUGUGGCCGAGUUUUCGCGCCGGCUGGCCAACUUCUCCGUGAAUAUGUACGGCAAACUGAUCGCACUGAAGCCCAACACGAACGUCGUCUUCUCGCCGUUCUCCAUACAGACCUGCGCGGCAAUGGCCCGCCUGGGCGCCGUCGGCGAGACCGCCGACGAGCUGGACCGUGGCCUCGGAUUGGUGUCCAGCGAUGUCAGCAAAAUAGCCGAGAGCUUUCAUCAGGUGCUCGCGGCGUACGAGAAGAGCUCCAUUCUGCGCAUUGCCAACAAGAUCUACGUGAUGAAGGACUACGAGCUGGCCGACGAAUUCAAUUCACUGCUCGCCAAACAGUUUCUCUCGGCCGCCGAGAAUGUGGACUUUGCGCGCAAUGCGCAGGCGGCGGGCACCAUCAAUUCCUGGGUGGAGCAGCAGACGAACAGUUUGAUCAAGGAUCUCGUGCCGGCCAGUCUCUUGGACGCACAGACGCGUCUGGUGCUGAUCAAUGCGAUACACUUCAAGGGCAACUGGGUGCAUCAGUUUCCGGUGCAUGCGACCCGCAACGAACGCUUCCAUUUGAACGAAGUCGAUGGCGUCGAUGUGCCCAUGAUGAAUCUAAAGGAACGCUUCCGCUAUGCCAGCCUGCCCGAUCUAGAUGCCGCUGCGCUGGAGCUGCCCUACAAGGACUCGGAUCUGUCCAUGCUGAUUGUGUUGCCCAACAGCAAAACGGGCCUAGCACAGCUGGAGGAGAAGCUGCGCACCACGCCACUCGCACAGAUCACGGAUCAGCUGCACAGCAGCCAGGUGGUGGUCAAGCUGCCCAAGUUCAAGGCCGAGUUUCAGGUGGAGCUGACGCCCGCCUUCCAGCAGCUGGGCAUGUCGCGGCUGUUCUCCGACAAGGCCAACUUCUCCAAGAUGCUGAAGAGUCCGGAGUCGCUGAAGGUGUCCGCGAUUAUACACAAGGCCUUCAUCGAUGUCAACGAGCUGGGCACCGAGGCGGCUGCAGCCACGGCCGCCGUUGUGCGCAAGAAACGGAGCCUCAUAUCGCUCGAGCAGCCGCUCCAGUUCCAUGCCGAUCAUCCAUUCAUCUAUGUCCUGGCCCAUGAGCAGCAUCUGCCGCUCUUCAUGGGCGCCGUUGUCCGGCUCGAGGCGGCAUCCGGCGGGGCACACGACGAGCUUUAGCACACAUCUUACGGCUAUGGUCAUGUGCUUUGCAUCGAUGCCCAUGUUCCAGCCGGAGCCGAUACGUUUCCAUGCCGAGCAUCCAUUUAUUUAUUACAUAGUUAAUAGGCAGGGCGCGGUGCUCUUUGCCGGCAAGCUCUUG